GUUUCUCCAUCACCAGUCACCACCGUCUUUCUCCCUCCUCAUUUCUCGAACUCUCCCAUUGAUUCUUCUUUAAAAAGAACCUUAAGAUCUAGGGUUUCGAAUCAAAUUCGAAAAACAAUCAACAUCUAGGCUUCAAUGGCGAUCAUCGGAGACGCGUUGCGUCAAGCGUUUAUGCCGAAGCAGGAGUACGAGACUCUCAGGGAGGAAGACAGAGCCUGGAUCAAGCUCCAGAGACCCGUGCUGACGUCGGUCGUUGCUUUCCUCUGCUUCGUCGUCUUCACUUGCACGAUCGUCAGCUUGAGAAUCGUGUUCCCUUCGAAUGUUCUGAGGAGGCCGUUCUGCAGCGACGUGAAGGUUCAGCCUUUGCCUGUGUACGGAAAGGCCCGCGACUCUGAUCUGUUUCCCGGUGCUUUUUACUUGACGGAUCAGGAGACUGUGGAUUUUUACUGGAUGGUUGUUUUCGUUCCCUCGGCGAUGGUCUUCCUUGUGUCUUCUGUUUAUCUUGUUGCAGGAAUAUUUGUGGCGUAUUCCGUUCCUCACCGUCACUGGUUUCUAAAAGUAGUUGAAAAUAACUACUGUGCUUCACGAAGAGGUGGGGUUCGUUGCCUAUCAAUUCUGAAUAUUGUGUUUGCUAUCAUCUACGGCCUCCUAGCUAUAUUUCUCGGCUCAACCCUCCUGACACUAGGAAGCAGCUGUUCUAUGCCAUUGUUUUGGUGCUAUGAGAUAUCUUCAUGGGGUUUGGUAACCUUGUAUGCUGGAACUGCUUUCUCACUUAGGAGAAGAGCCGCUUUAACUAUUGACCAAGGAGAGUUUGGGAACAGAAAUCAUCAGGGGUUGGAGAUGCUUGAAGCCAAUCCUUUGGAGUUCACGCCAGAGGUUGAAAGACGAGUGAAUGAGGGGUUUAGAGCAUGGAUGGGUCCAUCUUUGUUAUCAUCUGAUGAAGAAGAAGACGAACCCAAGAUUUACAACGAAGUUCCCAAUGUAGCAGCUCAUACUCUCUCUAACAGGCAAAGAUCUUGAAUCUUGAACAGAAGAAUAUGACGCUUCGGAGACUGGGCUCAACAAAUAGUUGCCGCGUUAGUUAUUCUCUCAUGUCCCUGAUGUUGUUUAUGGACGGAUCAUGAUAAGAUAAAAAUCAGAGCGGUCAGAAUUGUCCCGGUUGUAGGUAUAUAAUUACAUCAUCAAAAUUGGGGCUCGGUUCUGUCUAUUCACCAGUGUUCAUGGUCGUUUUUGAUCAUGUUUUAUGUAAUCUUGAAACGCAUUACAAAAAAUUAACUUUUUAUAUUUAAUGAAAAUUGUAUCAUGUC